AUGAACGAGGAGAUGACAAAAAGCGAGGAGCAGCAUCUGAGUUUGCAGAAAGCCUUGCAGCAGUGCGAGUUGGUGCAGAACAUGAUAGACAUAAGCAUUUCCAGUUUGGAGGGUUUACGGACCAAAUGUGCCACAUCCAACGACUUGACUCAGAAGGAGAUACGCACGCUGGAGGGGAAGUUGGUGAAGUACUUCAGUCGCCAGUUGUCGUGUAAGUGCAAAGUGGCCUUAGAGGAGCGCAGUGCGGAGCUGGAGGACUUCCCUCGCCUCUGCCACUGGUUCCGCAUCGUCAACUUGAGGAAGGAGGUCACGCAGGAGAUGAGCCCAGGCGAUGUGACCCUGGAGGGUUUGCUGGACAUGAGUGAGGAGCAGGUGUGUGAGCUGCUGCAGAAGUUUGGUGCCAACGAAGAAGAGUGUGCCCGACUCAACGCCUCCCUCUCCUGCCUCGGAAAGGCCCACCAGCUCGAACAACUUGAGGAGGAUAAAUUGCACAGUAAUGGAGGGAGCCAGGCGAAGCUGGACUGGUCCAUCCAGUGGCCCACCUCUGAAUCGGGCAAGGAAAACACUCCGGUGUGCCAGCCCGAGGUCAGUCAGUGGAUCCGCUUCCAGCUGUCCCAAAGCCCCCAGGUCCAGUCCAAGUACAACCAGCACAUGUGCCACAGCCCCCAGGCCCUGGCCCCCCCCUUGUACGUCGACCGGCUCACCGUUGACAGCUCCGCCACCGGGCUCUACCCGUCCCUGGACUUCGGUCAACGCUCCCUGCCCCCGUCCCCCCGCCAGAGGCAUUUUGGCCACACCCCUCCUCGGACUCCCCUGGUCAUCAACACCAUGACCCCACCGGGCACGCCUCCCAUGCGGCGGAGGAACAAAGUGAAAGCUCCGGGGACGCCGCCUCCGCCCAGCCGCAAACUCAUCCACCUGCUGCCGGGCUUCACCGCACUGCACCGCAGCAAAUCCCACGAGUUCCAGCUGGGCAACCGUGUGGAGGACACGCAGACACCAAAAGCCAAGAAGAAGACCAAGCCCUUGAACCUUAAGAUCCACAGCAGCGUGGGCAGCUGUGAGAAUCUGCCCACGCAGCGCUCGCCGCUCCACACCGAGCGAUCCCUGAGAUCCUUCUUCUUCCCCACCUUCAUCCCCUCCACGCCUCCCGUCCACGGCGAAACACCCUCUGCAAACACUCUCUCAGUGCCUCGCUGGUCCCCACAGAUUCCCCGAAGAGAUCUGGGAAACUCAAUAAAACACAGGUUUUCCACAAAGUAUUGGAUGUCCCAGACAUGCAUAGUGUGUGGAAAGGGAAUGUUGUUUGGACUGAAAUGUAAAAACUGCAAGCUGAAGUGCCACAACAAAUGCACCAAAGAAGCCCCACCUUGCCAUUUACUGAUCAUACAGCGAGGCGGCCGAGAAUCUCAUCUCUCAGAUCACCCAGGAACGACUCAAGUAGCUCGUCUGGUACGGACAGAAUCAGUGCCAUGUGACAUCAACAACCCGCUCAGGUACACAGACCUGCACAUCAGUCAGACGCUCCCCAAAACCAACAGAAUCAACAAGGAUCACAUCCCAGUCCCGUACCAGCCGGACUCCAGCAGCAAUCCCUCAUCCACCACCUCCUCCACCCCGUCCUCCCCAGCUCCGCCCCUGCCCAGCAGUGCCACGCCCCCUUCGCCACUACACCCGUCCCCGCAGUCGGCGCGGCAACAGAAACAGUUCAAUUUGACAGCCUCCAGUUACUUCAAAUACAAACAACAGUUCAUCUUCCCAGAUGUGGCUCCGGAGGCUCCUCCCAGCAGAGCACCGCAGGUCAUCCUGCACCCCGUCCUGUCUGAUCCCGGGAUCGAGGGAAACCCUUUACUCCAAAUCGAGGUCGAUCCUACAUCAGACAAUGAGGAAGGGAACGACGAGGACUCCGGCGACGAGUUUGAGGAGAUGAACCUGUCGCUUCUGUCAGCUCGCAACUUCCCGCGCAAGGCCAGCCAGACCAGCAUCUUCCUGCAGGAGUGGGACAUCCCAUUCGAGCAGCUGGAGAUCGGGGAGAUGAUCGGCAAGGGCCGCUUUGGCAAGGUGUUCCACGGGCGCUGGCACGGCGAGGUGGCCAUCCGCCUGAUCGACAUCGAGCGCGACAACGAGGACCAGCUCAAGGCCUUCAAGCGCGAGGUGAUGGCGUACCGCAACACGCGCCACGAGAACGUGGUGCUGUUCAUGGGGGCGUGCAUGAGUCCACCACAUCUGGCCAUCAUCACCAGCUUGUGUAAAGGCCGGACUCUUUACUCGGUGGUGCGGGAUGCCAAGGUUGUGCUGGAUGUUAACAAGACCCGACAGAUUGCACAAGAGAUGGUGAAGGGGAUGGGCUACCUCCACGCUAAGGGGAUCUUACACAAAGACAUGAAGUCCAAGAACGUGUUCUACGACAACGGAAAAGUCGUCAUCACCGACUUCGGACUCUUCACCAUAUCUGGGGUUCUGCAGGCUGGCAGCCGGAGAGAAGACAAGCUGAGGAUCCCCAACGGCUGGCUAUGUCACCUGGCCCCGGAAAUCAUGCAGCAGCUUUCUCCGGACACAGAAGAAGACAAGCUUCCCUUCUCUAAACAGUCAGAUGUCUUUGCUUUUGGCACCAUCUGGUACGAGUUACACGCACGUGAGUGGCCUUACAAGAGUCAGCCAGCGGAGGUGAUCGUAUGGCAGAUCGGCAGCGGCAUGAAGCCCAACCUCGCCCAAACCGGCAUGGGGAAGGAAAUAUCAGACAUUCUGCUCCUCUGCUGGGCAUUCAAGCAGGACGAGCGACCCAGCUUCUCCAAGCUCGUAGAUUUACUGGAAAAGUUGCCAAAACGGAACCGCCGCCUUUCCCACCCAGGGCACUUCUGGAAGUCAGCUGAGUAUGUCAAAUGA